AUGGGUGGUGUCACCGUUCGCGAUGUGGACGCGCAGAAGUUCAUCGCUGCCUACUCUGCUUUCCUGAAGCGUCAGGGCAAGCUCCCCAUCCCUGGAUGGGUUGACACUGUCAAGACUUCUUGCUCCAACGAGCUCCCUCCCCAAGACGCCGACUGGUACUACGUCCGCGCCGCUGCCGUUGCCCGUCACAUCUACAUGCGCAAGACCGUCGGUGUCGGCCGCCUGCGCAAGGUCCACGGCUCGACCAAGAACCGUGGCUCCCGCCCCAACCACCACGUCGAUGCCUCCGGCUCCGUCGACCGCAAGGUCAUGCAGUCUCUCGAGAAGAUCGGUGUCCUUGAGUACGAUGAGGAGAAGGGCGGUCGCCGCAUUACCCAGGCCGGCCAGCGGGAUCUUGACCGGAUUGCCAAGACCACCGUUGACGAGGAGGAGGAGGACGACGAGUAA